GACGACGUCUAGGCAAAAGCGUCAUCAUCAUCUCGAUUCCAUCCCCUCCACCAACCCGUUGCCAUCCACAUCCGCAUCAAUCUUGUGCAGAAUCUGCAAUAGCUUGCGACCAUGGCAGCCAUGUUCAGCCAAAACCCCGUCAUGAACGGCCCCAACUACUCCUUUGCUGACGGACCCAAGACCAAUGGCGAGCACAGAGAGCAUCGCUUCAACCCAUACACCGACAACGGCGGUUCGACGCUCGCCAUUGCCGGCGCCGACUUCACAAUCAUGGCCGGCGACACCCGCCACACCAGCGGCUACAGCAUCAACUCACGCAUGGUUCCCAAGGUGUUCAAGAUUGGUGGCACAUCAUCGUCACAGGAUGACGCCACGAUAGUCCUGUCCGUCUGCGGCUUCGCUGCCGAUGGUGAGGCCCUCCGCGACCGACUCGAUACUAUCUGCAAGAUCUACCGUUACCGCCACGGCAAGCCCAUGUCCGUCAACGCUUGCGCCAAGCGCCUAUCUACCAUCCUAUACCAGAAGCGAUUCUUCCCAUACUACACGCAUGCCAUGCUCGGUGGCCUCGACGAGGAGGGUAAGGGUGCUGUCUACUCAUAUGAUCCCGUUGGCAGUUACGAGCGUGAGCAGUGCCGUGCUGGUGGUGCUGCGGGCAGCUUGAUCAUGCCGUUCCUUGAUAACCAGGUCAACUUCAAGAACCAAUACAUUCCCGGUAGCGGCGUUGGCCACGACUUGAAGGAGCGUGAGCGCAAGCCUUUGGACAGACCGCAGGUCGAGACUAUUAUCAAGGAUGCGUUUGAUGGAGCUGCUGAGCGUCAUAUUGAGGUUGGUGACUCCUUGCAGAUGUUGAUCAUCACCAAGGACGGUAUUGAGGAGGCUUUCGUUGAUCUUAAGAAGGACUAGGCAGUGAAUUGAAGAACAAAGAAAAUCCUGUAUUAUAGCUUUCGUGGAUAGAGCUACCAACCUUAGAGACCUUUCUAUUGAACGAUGCAUGAUGUUUACAAUAUUCCUAACACUCUCGCAAUAUCCCGUCUGUCUCAAUACGAGGCUCUGUUUGCGUAUGUUUUUUUUUCGUUUUUUUUUUUGAGAGAGAGAAUUAUAUGCUAAUACUCCAUCCACUAUUUGUUACCCGUUGGGAUCUCACGUCCUAUAUACCGGGCUACCCUGUAGCCGAAUAGAUUACUGCGACUGUCUAUGUUUGGUGGGUUCUGUGGAUGUAAUGUGCUCUUUUCCUUAUUUAUAUAAUUGCCUAGCGAUUUCCUAUAUUUUUUAGCAACGUGUAGUCUAGUUUCUGUAUAAUUGAAACGGGUUUGGACUGCAUACAUCGUCGUCAUCCGACAUUGCCAACAGCAUACGAGCUUAAGCUUGACUACAAGUCUUACUAUUGUUAUAUUACGCAAUUCGAACCCAAAAGGAUCCAAAUUAAAUGAUUAGAUAAAUUGAAGACGACGCCUCAGGUCUUACAUAUCGCCCACGUGAGCCCCCAUACAACAUGAACUGCCCCCUCCACCGUCUAUACCAGUCCACAGCAACAUUGCCAAGUGUAUAUAUAUUUUUCACAAUAUCUGGUAACAACCCUCUAACUACAAACAUGUGUAUUGAAUCCCCUCUCGCGGGACCGCCGGAGCAUCUGCACCAUCUGCCAAGAUAUUUUGUGCCGUCUCUCCGAAUCGGCGAGCCACACAGCGUAGAUUUGCCACCAAAUGCUGUUACCCGAGGACGCAAUGCAGCGCCAGCAUCAUGAGAAGCAGCGGGCUCAACAGACACGGCAAUUAAAUGGUACCAUGAGACGAUGCAUACUCCCCACGCAAUGAAACUGUGCACA